AUGCUUUCCGCACUCUCCUUACUGGCUUUGGCCGCCGUUGUUGUCCAAGCAGCACCAACCCCGGCAACCGACUCAGCGGUGGUGAGUCUGGUCGGCAGCAAACAAUUCUCAGCUCCAGCCGUCAAAAACCCCAAUGCUAUCCGCAAUGGCACACUUGCUUUGUUAAAGGCAUAUGCCAAGCAUAACUUGAUCCCAACGCAGGACUUCUCCCCGGAGUUUCUGGCCGAGUUGAACCAACUCAAGAAGCGUCAAGACACCUCUACUCCCGCCGUACCAUACCAACAAGUUGAGUAUUUAGUUAACAUCGCCGUUGCUGGCCAAAAAUUGAACUUGGACUUUGAUACCGGGAGUGCCGACUUAUGGGUGUUUUCCGACUCAUUGCCAGCCUCCUCCAAAAAGGGCCAUAAUAUUUACACUCCCUCAUCCAGCCCGUCAUACAAAGUCCUGAGUGGUCAUAAGUGGUCUAUCGCGUAUGCAGAUGGCUCUGGCGCGAGUGGCACCGUGGGCACCGACACAGUGACAAUCGGCGGAACAUCUGUUACCAAUCAAGCCGUUGAGCUUGCUGACCGGAUCUCUUCCUCAUUUGUGACUGAUGGGUUAGAUGGACUGCUCGGAUUGUCAUUCAGCAGCAUCAACACUGUUAAACCCACACAACAAAAGACCUGGUUCGACAACGCCAAAGCAUCCCUCAGCUCCCCCCUCUUUGCCGCUUACUUGCCGUUCAACGCCAACGGCGCCUAUGACUUCGGCUACCUCGACUCUGCCCACUAUAGUGGCACUCCUGUCUACGCACCCGUUGACGACACCAAUGGAUUCUGGGAAGUCGCGUCCACAUCCUACAAAGUGGGCGGUACCACCCACUCCCUACCUGGUAACACCGGCAUCCUCGAUACAGGAACUACCCUUGCCCUCAUGGUCGACUCCGCCGUCUCUGCAUACUACGCGCAAGUUUCCGGUGCAGUAAACUCCCGGAGCCUCGGCGGAUGGGUCUUUCCCUGCAAGGGUACUACCCUUCCUGACCUGUCCGUCCGCCUCGGCCCCACGAAUUAUGCUACGAUCCCUGGCAAGCUUUUGAACUUCCAACCUGCUGAUGCUAGUGGAACGCAGUGCUACGGUGGUCUGCAAAGUGUUGGUGGUGGAACCAUGAAUGUCUAUGGUGACGUUUUCUUUAAUGCUUUCUACGGAAUCUUUGAUGCGAAUGGACCGAGAUUUGGAUUCGCACCGCUUAAGUGA